AAAAAAAUUUUGUUAGUAAAAAAUUUGUAGUUACAAAUUUUGUAUAAUUCCUUUUGGAAACUCACAAAUUUUCCUCAAUUCGAAAAUGAAUUUUUGCUCAGUGCCCUACGAAGCUGAUUACGGCAUGUACGCCGAUUCCAAGAUGAAGAGCGUGCCCCAGUAUCCGUUGAGCAUGAGUCCCGGCCAGGGUCAAGGCCAGUCCAUGUCGAUGCAGCCACUAAAUCCUCCCCAGAUGAACCUGCAGAUGCAGAUGCCCAUGCCGGGUGCUCCCCCGAUGUCUUCGUACCCCAUGCAGAGUAUGCCGCUGGCCAUGAUGCCCUCGGGCAACGCGAUGACCCCCAUGUCCACGAUGACCAGCCAACUGCCAAUCGGUGCGGUGACGCCGCUGAGCAGCAUGACCAUGAUGCCCAUGAUGGGGAAUCCCAUGGGGGCCAUCGACGCCCCCGGGAUCAAUGCGGUGAUCCCCGACCUGCAGUCCAUGACCUCGAUGGGUCAGAUGCAGCCCCUGCAGCAGUACAACCAGUCUGGAUCUGCCACCCCAAUGCACCAAGGUCGUCUGACGGGCGGAGCCAGUGGUGGAAUGGUUGGCCCCUGCCCCUCGUCGCCCUCGCAUCCUGGUAGCUGGAACUCCGGUCCCAACUCCAGCCAGAUGAUGACCAACGGCAACGUGUGGCAGUACAGCCAGCCCAUGCAGAACCACCAGCCGCAGUACCAGCAGCAGCAGCAGCAGCAGCACCACUUCCAACAGCAGCAGCCCCAGCACCACCAACAGCACCACCAACAGCACCACCAACAGCACCACCAGCAGGGCAGCCGCACCAAGGCCUCGUAUGAAGUACCGCCCUCAAGCAUGUACCGGGAUGUUCGCAACGGACUGAACACACCAUCCAUGCACGAAUCCCCAAGUGCGGCAAGAGUAAUCAUUCGUUCAAUUGUGGAAAAUUGGCGAGCAAGGCCCCCCAUUGGCGUUGACAACUACUUUGAGCCCAUCAUUGGUUGAUUUUAGUACUUUUGCAUGAUUGGUGUCUCUCUAAUCACACUCGCCUUUUUUAUAAGACUUCCCCUACGCAAGCAAACACUUCCAACAGACACUAAAGCACACAACAACACGUAAUAAGGUCACAAACAUAUUGGUGUGGAAUAAAUGGUUUAUAUAUGUUUUGGCCGAAAAGAAA